GUUUAUAUAUACCCGUGCACAGAGGCCAUCGUACGCAUUUUCAAUAUCGCUCUUGCUAAUUACGAUAGUCGUACACACACACGCACAUACACACAUACACACACACAUAUAUAUAUAUAUAUAAUAUAUACAUAAAUAAAUACGUAUAUAAACGCACACACACACACACACACAUAUAUAUAUAUAUAUAGAUUGAUAGGUAGAUACAUAAAUAAUUAGACACAAACGGUUGAAGAGAUCUAAAUUCAUUGGAUCAAAGAUCUUCAUAGAUAGAUAGAUCUCAACGAGGAAGGAUGACGAUAAUCAUAGGAUUUUUGACAAUUUUCGCAAUCUCAUCAAGGAUAAUACUCGCCGAAUUACCACCAGGUGUAACAGCUUGUCCACGAACAAGCGAUCUUCCAACUUAUGACAAAUGUGUAUUGAAACAAUUGGAAACCAUAACACCUUAUUUGGCAAAGGGUAUACCAUCGUUGAAAUUACCACCAUUGGAUCCGCUACUUUUGCCAUCCCUAACAGUCGAUAGAAACUUAGAAGCACUUAAAAUAAAAGCGAACAUGAGUCAGAUACGUGUUUACGGUGCAACAAAUUUCUUAGUCGAGGAACUAAAUGCAAAUCCCAAUGAUCUAACAGUAUCUAUAAAGGUACAAUUACCUCAUGUUCAUGUUAAAGGUGAUUACGAUGUUCAUGGUAGACUUUUAUUGUUACCACUCAACGGUGCUGGCAGUUUCAAAGGAAAUUUCACUAAUACUGAGGCAAAAGUUAAUGCACAAGGGAAAGAAAUUACCGACAAGGAUGGCAUACAAAGGCUAGAGAUCGAUAAAUUAGAUACAAAAAUUCGUGUUGGGAGUGGAAAUAUUAAAUUGAAGGCACCGCCUUCUCAUACUGUAGCUGCUGACGCAGCAGCAACAUUCUUCAAUUCUAAUCCACGAUUAGUUCUUGACAUAGCAAGUCCUAUCAUCGAGGACACAGCUGCAACGAUUAGCAGAGCAUUAGCAGCUCGAGCACUCGGUGUUCUUACGAAAGCUGAACUGGUGCCCUAAUCUUUUAUCUCUUUAUAAUUCUUCUAAUAAGUACGAUUAGAAGAUAUACAUAUAUACAUAUAUCUAUAUA